CGCUUUGUUACUGUGGAAACCAAUGAGAUUGAUGAGUGCAGUAAAACAGAUGGGUCACUCAGUUAGCCAGGUUGCUAACCCAAACCGUCAGUUUUGCUGUUACGAUAUCGAAAAGAUAGCCUACAUAACACGGGGCUACUUUUACAUUUAACUUAGCGGAUCUCCGGAAAUCUCAGGUUGUGGUGUGACUCAAUCCUUGGCAAGGAUUCUCCACUUGCUUUGACGUCAACUUAUUGCACAGCCUCACAGAUUUCUGCUGAACAUUGCUGCAGUCUUACUCAGUCUGUAUGCAUGCACAUACUGUCCAACACACACUGACAGCUAUAGCAAACACAUUCGGAGACCAAGGCUAACCUACCUUUCUCAUGGCUUACCACGAAUAACUACUAAUAACCCACAUAUUGCCACUGACUUUUUAAAUACCUCUUUUGCUUCCUCCUCUCUGUAUACCUGUGGAGCUGUGCCAAACGUUUCUGCUCUGUCUUUGUGCAAGCCAUUGUGAGGAAUACCACUCUCUGACUGAGCUACUGAGCUAUGCCAACUGGUCACAUAUUAGCAUGAUGGAGACAUGAUAACAUGUAUGGAAUAUAUUUUUGCUGUAUCCAUUUUUUGAGCACAUUAAUCUAAUUAAUUUCUCCUUUUGCUUCAAUUAUUUGAAAUUCUUUGCCUUUGAAACCAGUCGAUGCUGACUAGCAAAAAUGUUCACUGACUGAUCAUUCUGGAUAUCUUCAGAUUCUCAAUUAGUGAGUGGUCAAGAUGAAAACCACAGGUAUUACUUGUUUAAUAUACAAUAACAAGCACAGUUCUGCUUUAUUUAUAUAAGAAAAUAGCAGCAUUAAGCGGUAUAUACUGAUAUUUAUCAACUAUCAGGCAAAAUAACUGGUUUCUCUGAAGUCACACCAGACUGUAAUGGGAGGGGAAGCAGAAGAGAGGGAAGGUUAUUGUCUUCCAGAGAAAAAGAAAUGUAAGGAAGAAACAGAAAGGAGUGAGAAGGAUGUGGAGGAUGAAGGCAGAGGUGUGCAGAUCCCUCUGCAUCGCUGGGUAAUGCAUGGAGCAGUGAUGUUUGGACGUGAGUUCUGCUAUGCCAUGGAGACCGCUCUGGUGACGCCAGUGCUGCUGCAGAUAGGUCUUCCUGAGCAAUAUUAUAGUUUGACUUGGUUCCUCAGUCCUAUUCUCGGUCUCUUCUUCACACCUUUGAUUGGCUCAGCCAGUGAUCGUUGUACGUUGCGAUGGGGCCGGAGAAGACCGUUCAUUCUGGCCCUGUGUGUAGGUGUGCUGCUGGGAGUGGCGCUGUUUUUAAAUGGAUCAUUAAUAGGUCUUUCCAUUGGUGACAGUCCAGGCAAUCAGCUGUUUGGCAUUGUCCUCACUGUAGUAGGCGUGGUGGUGCUGGACUUCUGUGCUGAUGCUUCUGAGGGACCAAUCAGAGCUUACCUUCUUGAUGUUGCUGACACGGAGGAGCAAGAUAUGGCUCUGAAUAUUCAUGCCUUCUCUGCUGGGCUUGGUGGAGCAGUGGGUUACAUGCUGGGUGGUCUAGACUGGACUGGAACAGCCCUAGGCCAAGCAUUUAAAUCACAGGAACAGGUCCUUUUCCUCUUUGCAGGCAUCAUUUUCAUCAUAUCCGUCACACUGCACAUGCUCAGCAUCCCCGAGCGACCUAUUGCUCCAUCAAGCCAGCUUAAAGUCACAGAAAAUGGGGAGUCUACCAGCCACUUGUCUUUCAAGCCCAUUGGCCACACGCCACCUUUACUCGAUGUCAUUGCAGAGGAGGAUGCUUCUGCCCCCCUAUCCCAAGAGGACAACGAAUCACAUUAUGAGGAAGGGGAAAUGGACUUCUUAGCUGUGGAUCGAGUGCGGAGUAAAAGUGAUUCAGUCUUAGCAAUGCCAGAUGCUACAAUUGAGCUGGAUCCUGACCUCAACCCAGACACACAAAUUUUCCUGCCAGAGGUGCAUCACUUUCUGCCAGAGAUGCAAGGAGAUCAAGAGGAUGUUUUUAAGCCAUCAGACAGUAUUGGGUCCCCGUCUCCUUCUGGUGGACCACAUGCCCUUACUGAUGGGAAUCCAGUCUUGGAGCCUACAAAUUCAACUUCACCAGAACUUAAGGGUCCAGCAAACGGUCCUCCAUCUCUCCUACAGAUCAAAUCUGGUUCCAAGGACUCCAAUCUGAAAACACAGCAGGUCAAAACUGCCAAUGGUGUCAAUGCUGGCUUGUCCUCAUCUGACCACUCCAAUGCAGUAAAAGGCUGUGCCUCCCCUAGACUGUCAAAUCGCCCCUCCAACACAUCGGCUUCAUCACGGCCACAUCGCCACACUUUCUACAGACAACCCUCCUUCACUUUUUCUUACUAUGGGAGAGUCGGAUCAGAGCGCUAUCGACUGCGACGGAUAGCGCCCUCAAGCCCUCGUCCAAUCACCACCUCCCGCAGUCUGAAUGAUCUGAGUGAUCUCCAGCAGUGUUCAGACCGCCAGGUGUUGCAGCUGUCAGCCAGCAGUCUGUCAUCUGAGGGCUCCAGUAGUGAGGGAGGAUCAGACCGAGGCACAACUGUUCGACUGCUCUGGUUAUCCAUGUUGAGGAUGCCGAGGCAGUUGUGGAGACUGUGUCUGUGCCACCUCCUCACAUGGUUCUCCAUUAUAGCUGAAGCUGUGUUUUAUACUGAUUUCAUGGGACAAGUCAUCUACAAUGGAAAUCCUACGGCUCCAGCCAAUUCAACAGAGCUACAAAACUAUAACAGAGGAGUACAGAUGGGCUGCUGGGGACUGGUGGUGUAUGCUGCUACAGCUGCUGUGUGCUCUGCAAUCCUUCAGAAAUACCUGGACAACUUUGAUCUGAGCAUUAAGGUUAUCUACAUUGUUGGAACUCUGGGAUUCUCAACAGGAACUGCUGUCAUGGCCAUCUUCCCAAAUGUUUAUGUUGCCAUGGUGAUGAUCAGUAGCAUGGGCAUCAUCUCCAUGAGUAUCUCCUACUGUCCCUAUGCAUUACUUGGGCAGUACCAUGAAAUCAAAGAGUAUAUUCAUCACAGUCCAGCAAACACCAGAAGAGGUUUUGGUAUUGACUGCGCUAUCUUAUCUUGCCAGGUCUAUAUCAGCCAGAUUUUGGUUGCAUCAGCCCUUGGAGCUGUGGUGGAAGCAGUAGGCAGCGUGCGUGUCAUUCCUGUAGUGGCUUCUGGAGGCUCUUUUCUUGGAUUCCUGACUGCCUGUUUCCUCGUCAUUUAUCCUGACAUUGAGCCCAGUGGCUCUGAGCAGGACCAGGACUUGGUGGGAUUACCUGAAGAUUCAGAACCAAAUGGAGAAAGGACCAGUGACCAAAGGUUGGCUCUGCUGAACCUCACAGAUGGCGAUAGUUUGAAGGAGACAGUGAAUCAUUCUGUUGCCUGAGUAGGUUUAUUCUCAGUAAUCACAAGACAGUAUUGACUUUCUGUGCUGAUGAAAGAGGGUAAACAUGGCAGCAUGCUGAUGUUACAUCUACAGAAAUUUGGAUGGAAUGGAUUUGGACAUAUUGUCUUAUUAGAUGGAGGAAUGACAAGA